AUUUUAUUUCUGUUUGAGAGCACUACUUUAGAAAGACACAGCGAGCAAGGAGAUCCUUAUAUCCUUAUAGGAAUUAGGAAUAGGGGCCUUUGCAGAAAUAAAUUCUGUGAUCCGAGACAAAGUGCUGGUACUGUCUCCUGAGUCUGAGAACCCAGGGCAGAAAUACAGAACAGUGUGGAUUGCUAUUGAGGUCAGCUCCCAGCUCCCUGCCUGAUUCCUCUCUGAUUCCUCUUUUGUUCAGGCACAAAAAUACUCCAUCUUGAAACUUUUGUCAUUAUUGCCUUGGUAGAAGGAGACCACAGUUGUUACCUGGGUUUUGAUUUGGGGAUAACAGCAUUUCAGUGACUAGAUUUCAUGAGAAGCUAGUGGUCAUGAAGAUUCUCAAAUCAGCAUGAACUUUAUUUUUCAUUUGAGUUCUUUCAAAGUUUGCCUUUGACUCAACGUGUGGUAGAAAGUCACUCUGCAAGCAUUUGCUCUUCUCUGGUUUUGUGUCUUUUCCUUCAGAACAGCGUUGUUUUGUUUUAAUGUUUUGCACGUAGCCAGAGGAAGUCUGGCUCAUCCGAGCCGGCCAGCUGAGCACAUCUGGAAGUGGUUUCUGGGACCGCCCCUCUCUGCCAGCGCUACUCCUGAGUUCCCAGCGGCUUCGCGCAGAGGUGGAAGAAACCCAAGCCGCUCGAAAGUCAACGCAAGCAAAGUGGGGUGCGAGUCGGGGAGGAAUAUUCUUUUGGAAACGUAAUAUUGGCCUUGGGGCUCUCCAGCCCUUUGGGACUUCCAAUGGGAUCUUAGAAGCAGCCGAUGCAGCGUGAGGGCAGCAGCCCAAGGCCAGCCACGAUUUGAAUGCUCUGCCUUGCAGCUCUUCUGGACCGAGGAGCCCAAAGCCCUACCCUCACCGUUCACCAGGUCCCGUGAAGAGCAGCGUGGAGGUGGGCUGAGGUUAGAAGGUGGAGAGCGUGGAAGAAGAUUGUGGGUUGAGUAUUGGACAUCUGUUCUUGAACAGUCCCUGGGCCUGCCAUAGGAAAGGAAGUUCUCCUGAAUCACAGUUCUUAUCUGCGUGAACACACAUGGCUCUGUUACGAAAAAUUAAUCAGGUGCUGCUGUUCCUUCUGAUUGUGACCCUCUGUGUGAUUCUGUAUAAGAAAGUACAUAAGGGGACUGUGCCCAAAAAUGACACAGAUGAUGAAUCAGAGACUCCUGAAGAACUGGAAGAAGAGAUUCCUGUGGUGAUUUGUGCUGCAGCAGGGAGGAUGGGUGCCACUAUGGCUGCCAUCAAUAGCAUCUACAGCAACACUGAUGCCAACAUCUUGUUCUAUGUAGUGGGACUCCGGAAUACUCUGACUCGAAUACGAAAAUGGAUCGAACAUUCCAAACUGAGAGAAAUAAACUUUAAAAUCGUGGAAUUCAAUCCAAUGGUCCUCAAAGGGAAGAUCAGACCAGACUCACCGAGGCCUGAAUUGCUGCAGCCCCUGAACUUUGUUCGAUUUUAUCUCCCUCUACUUAUCCACCAACACGAGAAAGUCAUCUAUUUGGACGAUGAUGUAAUUGUACAAGGUGAUAUCCAAGAACUGUAUGACACCACCUUGGCCCUGGGCCACGCAGCGGCUUUUUCAGAUGACUGCGAUUUGCCCUCUGCUCAGGACAUAAACAGACUCGUGGGACUUCAGAAUACAUAUAUGGGCUAUCUGGACUACCGGAAGAAGGCCAUCAAAGACCUUGGCAUCAGCCCCAGCACCUGCUCUUUCAAUCCUGGAGUGAUUGUUGCCAACAUGACAGAAUGGAAGCACCAGCGCAUCACCAAGCAAUUGGAGAAAUGGAUGCAAAAAAAUGUGGAGGAAAACCUCUACAGCAGCUCUCUGGGAGGAGGGGUGGCCACCUCCCCGAUGCUGAUUGUGUUUCAUGGGAAAUACUCCACAAUUAACCCCCUGUGGCACAUAAGGCACCUGGGCUGGAAUCCAGAUGCCAGAUAUUCGGAGCAUUUUCUGCAGGAAGCUAAAUUACUCCACUGGAAUGGAAGACAUAAACCUUGGGACUUCCCUAGUGUUCACAACGACUUAUGGGAAAGCUGGUUUGUUCCUGACCCUGCAGGGAUAUUUAAACUCAAUCACCAUAGCUGAUAUGACUCCACCCUUAAAAUAUUCCCUGUAUAGAAUUGUGGAAUUGCCCCUUUGUAGCCUACUAUAACAUUGUUUUUUAUGAACAUCACCUUUGAUCCAUAUGAUCCACAAUAUAAAAACCAAAAACUACUGUGUGAAAAUU